AUGCCCGAUUUGGGGAAUUUGUCUCUUUCCGAGACUCUAGCUCUCCCCACCCCCGCAGACCCUCCUGUCUUAACCAAUUCUCUCCACUCAGCCAACCUCAAAAACCUACCGCCACCAUCCAACACCGUUGUUUACACGCGCUAUGCUCUUCGGCAAGAUGGCAUUCGCAUCCACAAAACUCACGGAACCGAGAUUAAGGUUCCUGCCGUUAAAGCAGCUAAUGGUGACGCCAAGGGUUUGGAGGAUGGAAUCAGAGAGUUCUCUCAGAAGAGGAACAAGAUUGGCUCCGAGGAUCCCGAUCUUGAAUUCUCACUUCCCUUCCUCGUUGGCGCUUCCAAAAUGGUUGAAUGCCUUGUUUGCCAUCGUCUAGUGUGCCCAGGGGAGGAGCUAUGUUGUUCUGUUCGUGGCUGUGGGGGAAUCUACCAUAUCAAUUGUGCAAAAGAAACUAUGGGGAUCUCGAAUCCAAAAAAAUUCAAGUGCUCACGACAUGCAUGCUUUGUCUGCAAACAAAAGAAGCAGUUGCGGUGUGUGCGUUGUACAAAUGCAUUUCAUGAAAAAUGUGCCCCAUGGCCAGAGGCUGUGGUGAGCCUACAGGACAAUCCUGGACAUGCUAUUUGUUGGAGGCAUCCAUCUGAUUGGCGAUUGGAUGGAAAGCUUGAAGGUUCCACAAGUGACAUACAGGAAGUAUUUCGUCGGUUGCCUGUUCCAUAUGUCAAUGAGGAUUUCAAGAUUGAUCUUACAUGGAAAGAGAUGGAGACUAAGAUGGAACCACCAUCAUAUGUGCAUAUAAGGCGCAAUUCCUACUUAGUCAAGAAGCGCAGUGGCGAAGAUGAUGGUGCAGGGUGUACCAGUUGCAGUUCUACCUGCUCGGAUGAUUGUGUGUGCAGGGUUCAAUGCAUAAGUUGCUCAAAGUCAUGUCGCUGCUCAGAAAAUUGCGGUAAUAGGCCAUUUCGCAAGGAGAAAAAGAUUAAGCUGGUCAAGACUGAACAUUGUGGAUGGGGAGUAGAGGCAGCUGAAACCAUCAACAAAGGCGAAUUCAUAAUUGAGUAUAUUGGAGAAGUCAUUGAUGAUGCUUUAUGUGAAAAAAGGCUUUGGGACAUGAAAUACGGGGGUGCACAGAAUUUUUACAUGUGUGAGAUUCGUAAAGAUUUUACUAUAGAUGCAACCUUCAAAGGAAAUAUGGCUCGCUUCUUAAACCAUGGUUGUGAUCCCAACUGUGUUCUCGAGAAGUGGCAAGUAGAUGGUGAAACGCGGGUUGGUGUAUUUGCUUCCCGUUCAAUAGAAACGGGAGAUCCCUUAACAUAUGAUUACAGAUUUGUGCAAUUUGGACCUGAGGUAAAAUGCCAAUGUGGUGCCCCAAAUUGUAGAGGGUUUUUAGGGGUGAAAAAGAAAAUUGUGAAGUUAGAUAUUUGUUGGGGUUGGGGAUCAAAGCGUAAGAGAACUUCAGCUGCAUGUCCUGCCAUAGAAACACAUGUAUGAUUCGUUUGUUUGGUGCCUCUAUUUUGGUAAUCCUUGUGCAUUGCCAUCACUUUUGUAUGUAAAGCCGAGAUGAAUUUUCAAAUGCAAAACUCAUUUGAAAAGGAAAAAUGAUAAAGCGAAAAAAAAUGAACCAGGGCGAUAGGGUUCAGUUUGCUAAGAGCAGACGACAAUGGCAUUUGUAGCAA